AAUAAAAUCAGCUUUUUGAUGCAGAAAUAACUGCAAUUACAUAGCUAUUAUCGAUACACAUUUUUACACAUUUUGUUACGUUGCAGAGAUACAAGGCUCGGAUUGGACCAAACUACAAUCCGUAGAUUUUUCAGUGUUGUGUUUACAGAAAUGGCUCCUCCCCUCUUUAGUAUGAACGACGACAUGACACUUUGUGUCAGCAAGUUAUUAUGAAUAAAUACAUUUAAAGAACAUAGCUAGCUAGCAACAACAUAUUUUGCAAUAUUCAUCAAGGGGGUCUGAAAGUUGCGCGUUCUCUUGAUAACCAUCGAACUUGCUCGAGGGAAAUAACGUUUGAUGCGCGUUAUAGCUAGCUACUCACAAUAGCUAUCUAACAGUAGCAGCUAACGUCCGCUAGCUAGCUCAUUUUGAUGUUAGGCCAGUUUUAUGCAACGUAAACAACCGUUGAAGGGUGUUUCAACAGCUUGCUAGUUUCCCCAUAUAUUCAAUCUGCCGCUGUGGGGAAGCAGAUCACCAUGAACUGCCGUUCAGAGGUUCUGGAGGUGUCGGUGGAGGGAAGACAGGUCGACGAGGCUAUGUUGGCUCUGUUGCACACUAUCCUAUUGCAUCGCAGCACUGGGAAAUUUCACUACAAGAAAGAGGGCACCUACUCCAUUGGCACUGUUGGCACACAGGACAUUGACUGCGACUUUAUUGAUUUCAGUUUUGUUCGUGUUUCUUCAGAUGAGCUUGACAGGGUCAUCAGGAAAGCAGUGGGCGAAUUCAAGGUAGGCCUCUCAGAUGAAUCUGAUUGUUUGGCUAUUGAAAUUGAUAUUGACAUUAUAUAUUAAAACAUGUAGCUAGCUGUAGUUGUUUUUUACUGGCAUCCAUUGACCUCUGGAUCUAUGUUGUGCUUUACAGGAUGCCAUGGGCAAUGGGACUGAUGGAAUGGGACAAAUUUCACUGGAGUUCUACCAGAAAAAGAAGUCUCGCUGGCCUUUCUCUGAUGAGUGUAUUCCCUGGGAGGUCUGGAGCAUCAAGGUCAAUGUCGUCAACCUGGCCAACGAGCAGGAGAGACAGAUCUGCCGGGAGAAAGUGGGAGAGAAGCUGGGCGAGAAGGUGAUCAACAUUGUGGAGGUGAUCAACCAGCACGAGUACCUACCCAAGAUGCCCACCCAGUCGGAAGUGGACAAUGUGUUCGACACCAGCCUCAAAGACGUACAGCCUUACCUGUACAAAAUCACUUUUCAGAUCACUGAUACGCUGGGCACCUCAGUGAGCACCACCAUGAGAAGGCUGAUAAAAGACACCUUAGCACUGUGAGGGAGCCUCAAGAUGAUUUGCAUCUUAAAACAUGGCUUUGGGUAGCCUGGUUCCAGAUCUGUUUGUGCUG